AUGGCAAGGCCGCAGAUUGGCAUCGACCGACUACCCGCCCGCCGCGUCUCCAACGAGCCCCGCGAGGCCAUGAACUGCAAAAGCUGUCGAAAGCGAAAGAUCAAGUGCAAUCGCACACGGCCGACCUGUGAAGCCUGUCAAGUGUUCAACUGCCCGUGUAUAUACGACGCUGUUCCCAAGAAGAGAGGCCCCAAGACCGACGUUCUCGAGGCCCUCUUGAAACGUGUCGACGGCCUGGAAAAGCGCUUGGUUUCCGAAGGCAAGAGCGAUGACCCAACCGAGACCGACCCCACCUCCCAGGACAGCACCACCUCAGCCGACGUCAAACGAAAAGAUCUUGCAUCCUCACAAUCGCCGCAUGCGUCCACGCCCCGUCGCGCGAGUGGCACCAACCAUGCAAACCAGUUGAUGUCGCCCAUCGAGCCAAGUAUACAGUCCCCGACCCUGGCUCCCGACCUACUUCUAGACACCUAUUUCGCCAGAAUCCAUGGAAAGCCCUACUACAUCCUGGACGAGUCGACCACGAGACAGCGACUGCAGGCCAAUCAGCUUCCCGGCCACUUAGCCUAUGCUAUUUACGCCGUGAGUGCCAGAUAUGCACCCCACUUCGGAGGAUACAGCUCUGCAGUGCGCAUCGGGCAAGAGUAUGCCCGUCGCGCUCGGCUGGAACUCGAGAUAGAUGAGCCCUCUAUCGAAACCUUGCAGACGCUCAUGCUCCUCUCGCAAGCAAGCUUCCAGCUGGGCAAAGGCAAGAAGACCUUCAUGCUGCUAAAUUCUGCCAUCAGCAUGGCCUUUGCGCUCGAUCUGCAUCGCGAACUACCGACCGGCAUCAAGGUCACACCCGCCGAACGCGAAGGACGACGCCGGCUCUUCUGGUCAUGUUACCUCAUGGACCGCUUCGCUGCAACCGGCUCUAAGCGACCCUCGUUAAUUGCGGAUGAAUCGAUUGUGCUACGAUUACCGAGCUGGCAGCUGCACUCUGGCGCAAUGCUAAUAGACGGAGACUACUUUCCAAACGGAUGCAAUUUGCAGUUCAUGGGCGGCACUGGAAAAGGUGGACAAGGAAGCAUGGGUAUGCUCAUUGGCAUAGCUCGCAUCCUGGGUAUAACAAACCGCUACCUUGCAGCGGGUGGUGUUAAAGGCGAUUCACAUUUCCCUUGGCACUCAUUAUCCAACCUAUCCAAAAUUCGCCAAGAGCUCGACAUAUGGGCAUCGGAGACGCAGGACACUUUCACCUCUAUCGAAGCUCUCUUUGGCCAACCCGACAGCACCAUACUUGUUCUCAGCAAGUUGAUCUACCAUCUCAUACAUUGCCUCAUCUACCGGCCUUUCCUCCCUGUCGACCUGGCUGAGCUUAGCCUUGCCACUUUCAACAUCGAACAACGGAACAACAUGUACAUGACCAGCGGCGUCAUCGGGAACGCUCAGGGCUACCAAAAGCAUUCCGCACCCUCACAACAACCACAAUACUCCAACGCACACCCGAACAAGAGAAGGAGAGCCACGACUUCAUCCUCGAAACCCCAAACCCAACCACAAGCUAUCCCCCCAACACCCACAUCAGCCACUCAUCCUCCUACCGUCCAUACUCACCGACCGUCGGAUGCUGGUACCUCGGAGUCAAACUCUAACCCAAGCCCGGGAGACUCUAGAACACAUCCUAAUGACUCCGGUGUACGACCUUACACCCCACCAUUGCCAAACAACUCCCUAAAUCCACCGAAUGCUAAUGGUGGCGGGCUUGCUCUUCCAUUCUCGCCGAACUUCUCGUUUUCUCCAUUGCCGCAGUUUGCGAGUCUGGCGCCAUCACCGGUGUCGCGUGCAGCGAACCUCCACCAAAACCAGGAUAACAACCAUGCAAUUCAUUUCGACCCUAUGCUGAGCAUGCCGACGCCGUACGAGCAGCACCCGACCCCCGGCGCAGGGAGCACAUCGGGCACAUCGGUGCACACAGACCCUGACAGCAAGGACCCUUUCCUCAGCUUGCUGGAACAACUUGCCGAGAACGAAGUCAGCAGGGGCGGUCCAAGCGAGCUGGACUUUUUCUUGAGCGGACAGAGCACCUGA